CUCUCGUUUUAGUUAAAUAACUAUGACAUCACAAAUAGUAACAUUGGGGUUAUUACUCUCACUUUGCAUCGUCGCGGGUGGGACUGGACGACAGAGGAUUUGUUUCGAGCUCGAAAACGUGGAUGCGGAAAACCAAUAUAAUGAAAAUAGAGGUGAAGUGCAGACCAUUCCGGGCAAGAAAGGCCCCAAAGGAGAUUCAGGCCCACCUGGACCCAAAGGAUCACAAGGGGACGUUAAUUAUGAUACACUAGAAGCCCUGAUUAAUCAAAAAGUCAAUAAAGCAAUGGAACAGCUACGAGCAGAAAUGAACGAAACCAUGAAUGAAUGGCUAGAAAGUACAACAGCAAAAUCAGAAGAACAAACAACCAUGAUUCCCGCAGUGGUUGCGACUAUUCCCCCUGGGUUCGCUGAACGAGAUAUUGUGCGCUAUGGCGGAAGAAUAUUUAUACCUUUAGCAUCUGUGGAGGUCCGAAAAGCAUCAGCAGUCGCCAAAUGCCAACAGAUAGGUGGGAAACUGGCAAAUAUAUACAGCCAAGUUCAUAUGGACAAGGUCAUAGCAUACAUACGUAACAACAAGAUGAAUGGGAAAGGACAUAAAGGAUUUUGGCUUGGCAUGACAUACGACCCCAUCAAUGGGAUUCUACUUUUCCGCAACGGAACUGUGACAUCACUCAGCGGUUUGAAAUUUUACACUGGAUAUCCACAAAAUGGACGGCAACAUUCAACCCGUACGAACGUGUAUGUCAUGACUACAGAAAGUUUGGCAAGCGUAUAUCAAUACAUUUUCAACCAGGUAGAACAGAGCAGAUACGUUUUGUGUGAAAUUUGAAACUUGUGGCAAAAUAUCAAAUGAAAAACUUGAGCAGAAAUGACUCUUACUUACUUUUGCAAAAAGACAAGCGAGAUUCUUGCUUAAUUCUACUAAAUUCAGUGCGGUGUGGGUUUUUGAGUAUGUUACGAUAUUUUCACUUGUAGCAUUGUUCUUACUUGAAAAACACAUAUAGAAUUUCACGUCUUUUGAAGAAUGUUACAAGAAGUGGACUUUGUUUUGAACUUUUCAGCGGUUAAAGAUUGUAUUAUUUGCUAGAAGGCUAUUACUUAUUUAUUCCUAAAGUUUCUUUGAAUCCUUUGAAAAAUCUGAUAUUUCAUCCACAUGAUUUCUAGUGACACCUUGAGUUAUCUGAAUUUAUUAUGAUAUUCAAAUGUGAAAUAUGAUUGAAGUCUUUUAGUACGUUGUUUUUGCUUGCUAUAUUUGUAUAAAUGUUUUACAGUUGCAUGCAUGUCAUGAUUUUGAAAAUCUUAAUCAAUAAUAA